AUGCUGCCCGCCCGUGUUCCCCGUGCUUGCCCCGUGCCCGUGGCCGUUCUGUCCGCCCGUGUUCCCCGUGCUUGCCCCAUGCCCAUGGCCGUUCUGUCCGCCCGUGUUCCCCGUGCUUGCCCCGUGCCUGUGGCCGUUCUGUCCGCCCGUGUUCCCCGUGCCCGUGCCCGUGCUGUCCGUACCUGGUCGUGCCCCACCCGUUCCACCCAUGCGUCCCGUGCUUCACGUGCUGCCCCCGAGCUUCCUGUGCUGCCCCCGUGCUUCCCAUGCUGCCCCGUUCUGCCGUGCUGCCCCAUUCUGCCCGUUCCAGCCCGUUCUGCCCGUGUUGCCCCAUUCAGCCCGUGUCCUGCCCAGUUCUGCCUGUGCUGCCCCGUUGUGCCCGUGUUGCCCCGUUCUGCCCUUGUUGCCCUGUUCUGCCCGUCUUGCCCCGUUCUGCACGUGUUGCCCCGUUCAGCAUGCGUCCUGCCCAGUUCUACCUGUGUCGUGCCCGUUCCCGUGCCGUGUUGCCCCGUUCAGCCCGUGUCCGGCCCCGUUCUGCCCUUGCUGCCCGUUCUGCCCGUGCUGCCCGUUCUGCCCGUGCUGCCCCUUUGUGCCCGUGUUGCCCCGUUUUGCUCGUGUUGCCCCGUUCUGCCCGUGUUGUACCUGUGUCGUGCCCUUUCCCGUGUCGUGUUGCCCCAUUCAGCCCGUGUCCUACCCCGUUCUGCCUGUGCUGCCCGUUCUGCCCGUGCUGCCCCGUUGUGCCCGUGUUGCCCCGUUCAGCCUCCGGUGUCCUGCCCCGUUCUGCCCGUGCCCCACCCGUGCUGUCCGUACCCAUUCGUGCCCCACCCGUGCUGCCAGUUCUCGCCCGUACCCCACCCGGUCUGUGCUCCCGGUCUCGUGCUGCCCGUCACCCCCGUGCAGCCCGUCCCGUACAGCACCUAG